UUGGCUCGCAGGGACCCGGCUCCACCGCGCGGUCGACGAACGAACCGCGUUCGGACGGCGGGACGGCAGCUUGCGGUGUCCCGGGCGGGCGAUCGUGCGCCUCAUGGGAUGAACUGGGAGGAGUUUCAGGAGGGGGAGGGCUUUUCGGAGCAGGAUGCCUUGGAGACCGCCAAGCAAGUGGCCUAUGACUGUGCGAAGAGCGUGCAGUUUGCAGGGCAUUUGUUGAAAGGGCCUGAGCUGGUCUUGAGGAUUUGGGAAUCCACAGCGGGUGCCAUCUUCAAGGAAGUGGAGACUGGGCGGAAUAUUUUUGUCUUUGGCCUGGGCACCUUUGGCCUGAAAGCGCAGCAGCUGAUCUUCGCCCCGCAGGAGGAGUUCCUCAACACCCACAGUCUGGACCCCGGCUUCUUCCUCGCCCAAAUCCCGCAGAUCCCACGCCCCAGCACAGCGCUGGUCGCCUCCGCCGUGGCUGUGCCACGCUCCGCGGGGCCACGGGUGGAAGAGAUGGCCACCCUGGCGGCAAAGCUGGAUUUGCUGCCGCGCACCAAGCACUCGGUGGCGACGGUGGCGCGGCUGCUGGAGAUCUCCAGCGAGCUGGUGCUUCAGGCCUUACAGGCCAUGGUGCACCGCAUGGGGCAGCAGAUGGCGACGGACGAUUUGGCACUGAGCUUUGCGCCGCUGGGCACCUUCUUUUCUCGCCAGAAACACCUCAGCUUUCGUCCGGACCCGGCCGCCGCAAGGGCGGCGGCGGCCCUGUCGCCGGGGCUGUGGAACUUUGGGCCGACGAUUCCAUUGAGGAAGCUGCUCUCAACAGUGGAGAAGCGGAAGUCUAAACUGGCCCGAGGGCCGGUGCCACCACCUAAGGCCGGCCGUCUCCGCCCCCAGCCGCGCGGUCGAGACCGCGUUUCGACCGGCGAGGGCCGGUGGGAACGGUCGCUGCCGGGCACGGCGGAAGUCUAUCCGGACUUGCUGAACGAGUACAGUCGCACACCGGCUGCUCCAUUCGUGGGCAUGGAGGACUCACGCUGGCUGGUAGUGUUCAAGGCCUUUGAUGUUCUUUCUUCAAUGGUUUUUGCUGGUAGUGUCGUGGCGUUAAUUUGUCGUUUCCUAAGAAUCUCCAGCGGUUCAGCAAGCGGUACAGUAGAAUGUUCAACACACAUAUUCAUGAACAUUCUCCCAAGGGCUCCCGGAUACCUUCUCAGAGGGUGUCUGGAGUCCGGGGCCUGUCUCAGGAGGUUUUGGCUCCGGGACCUCCCUCAGCAAAAGUUAGAAUUUAACGUAAAUGGUUUUCCCAAAAACACAUGAAUGGUCACCAAAACUGAGUAAUCUUCCAGACAUGUUCCCUCACCAAGGGGUUUUGAACCACAAUUGUUCCCCAUCUUUGUUCCUGCCACCCUCCAGCAGCCCGCCGUUUUCACAUGCUCACCACGUGCUCGCGCCAACGACGAGCUCGCCAACGAGUAGAGACCAUUGGCUUCGCCCAUGGAGUGCCACCGGUGAAGUUCAUUCCUCAUGAGGCAAGCUGUGGGUGUGCGACAGGGACAGUGGGUCAGGGGGAAGAGGGCCUUGUAAUGGCCAGUGCGUGGUGCAAGUAAAGCACAUCAACGCAAGACAAAACU